UUUUCACACUUGUUAUUCAGUCUCCUUGGUUCACGAAUUCAAUCAUGCAAUUUUCCGUUAUCUUCGUAGCUCUUUUCCUAAUAGGCCUUUCUCAGGCUGCUCUAAGGGUCCCAUUGACAAAAUUUCAAUCAAUCCGAGAUACUCUUCGUGAGGUUGGAAUUACACAGAAGGGUCUGUUGGAGAAAGCACAGCAAAGGAACUACAAAUACACAACACAGUACGGUGACCCUGAACCACUGUCAAACUAUCUUGAUGCACAGUACUAUGGAAGCAUAGAUAUUGGCACUCCAGGACAGCCAUUCAAAGUUGUGUUUGAUACCGGCUCCUCUAAUUUGUGGGUCCCUUCCAAGAAGUGUCCUUGGUCUGACAUUGCUUGUUUGUUGCACAACAAGUAUGACAGUACCAAGUCAUCCACAUACGAGAAAAACGGAACUGACUUUGAAAUCCGAUAUGGUAGUGGAAGCAUGAAGGGGUUCUUGAGCACAGAUAAUGUGGAGAUUGCUGGCUUGACUGUGAAACACCAAACAUUUGCCGAGGCAAUGAGUGAACCAGGGGUAGCAUUUGUUGCUGCCAGAUUUGAUGGAAUCCUCGGUAUGGGAUACGAUACAAUUUCAGUGGAUGGCGUGGUACCAGUAUUUUACAACAUGGUCCAAGAAAAACUUGUAGAGAAACCUGUUUUCUCCUUUUAUCUGAACAGGGACGCAUCUGGCUCCCCUGGAGGUGAACUGAUCUUUGGUGGCACUGAUCCCAAAUACUACACUGGUGACUUCACUUAUGUUCCUGUGUCUAAGAAGGGUUACUGGCAGUUUAAGAUGGAUGGCGUGGCGAUGAAUGGCACUACUAGCUUUUGUCAAGGCGGUUGCCAGGCCAUUGCUGACACUGGUACAUCACUCAUUGGUGGGCCUACAGCUGAAAUUAAGAAGUUGAAUGCCAUGAUUGGUGCAACUCCUCUUGUUGGUGGUGAGUACAUAAUUGACUGCAGCAAAAUUGACUCUCUCCCUGCAAUCGACUUUAUCCUUGCUGGAAAGAAGUUCACGCUGACUGGAAAGGACUAUGUUCUCAAGGUUUGCUUCCAACUAUUGAUCAUUUAUAAGACAUGUAAAUAUUUUUUUGUUAUUUUUUGUGAAGAUUCUAUGUAAAGACUUGAUACUUUG